AAUUCUCACAUACAUCCUAGAGCAGUGUACAUGUGUAUACAGAAUUGCAUACGUAACAGUUAAUUUCCUCUUUUGAUUAAAUCUUACGCAAUAUAAUAUAAAUCUAUUUUAUAUUAAACCAACCUAAAGUUUACAUUGAGUUACGAGAUUGUGAGAUAGUGCGUCACCAUGUUGCCGAACCUAAAAGCGCGUCGCAUCACUGGCCUGCAGCUGGCAAGCAAGCAUCUGGGUCCAGUGGCCAAGUGCCCGCCCAGGUACUCUGAGGAGGAUUGGGACUACAACAACAAGAUCAAGUUCCGCAUCACCUGCGACCAGGAGAAGCUCGCCGAGCGCAUUGUCGAGGAGUCGCGUCGCGUAGUCGAUGAGACCAAGGACACCACCAAGAAUUGGCAGCGUGAGGUGGAGCACCAUAUGCGUGAGCGCACCAGUGAGAUCCGUUUUCUAGUCGAUGAGCUGAACCGCCAGAAGAAGACCGCUAUGCUGGAGGACGAGACGCUCAACACGUAUCGCAAUCGUGUGCUAAAUGCCAUUGAGUUCCUCAAGGAUAAGUCGCUGGCUAUUUGCAAGCAGUGCCUGAUCCUACGCGAGGGACGCAUUGGUGUGGAUCUCUGUGACGAUGAGGUGGAUCGCUCGCUGCGUCGCGAGCUGAAGGUGAUCAAAGGCUGUCAGGGCCUGGCCGACGCUGCUCUCAAGGAGGCCGAGGAGCAGAUUCGCAAGCUGCGUGCAGCCAUGUACCUGCUGGAUCAGGAUCUCUCAGCCAAGGACAAGUCGCUGGCUAUCGACGAGAAGAAUCUGAAGCUGAAGGAGUUUCAGCAAGAUCUUGGCAAGGGCCAGGAUCUAUCCAAGCAGCACUGCCAAUUCUCGUUGACUGAGUGGCAGGCGCAGACCUAUGAGAAUCUGGAGGCCAAUGCCAAGGCUCUGGUGUCCGCCGGGCAGCUGCGUGCCUAUAUUGAUCUGCUGUUGAAGCAGGUCUGCGAGGAUAUGCAGAACCAGACGGAUCGCACCAAUGAGGCCUUCGAGCGUCGCAUUGCAGAGACGAAGCAUGUGAAGCAGUGCCUGGAGAACAAGCACAAGGACACCAUGGACCACAUCCACCAGGUGCAGCGCAACAUGAGCGAGCUAGAUCGCGAGAUGUCCGACAAGCAGAGGGCCAUAACCCUUUGCCAGACGCGUCUCAGCAAUCGCGCUCAUCGCCCUGGGCUGGAGUUGACCUGUGACAUGGUCCAGGACGCUCUCUACAAUGAGCUCCAGGCAUUGAAGGCCUCGGUCUGCAAGUUGAACCAGAAGCUGAACGAGAACAAGGCAUCGAUGCGCUAUCUCAUGCAUGUUCAGGUCAUGCAGGAGGAGGAGAUCAACAUCAAGGCGAACAGCUGCAAGAUUGAUGAGGUCGACUGCAUGACUCUGCGCCAGGCCCUUAAAUACACAUCGUUCUAGUCGUCCCCUGCUCCGAGUUUGCUAGCUUACGGGCGAGCGAGCCGCACCAGCCAGUCUCAUUGUGCUCGAUGUAACACUACUUAAUCAAAUUCAAAUUACAUGUGCAUUUCCCGUUCAA